ACAGAGAGCAGAGAGAGAGAGAGACUCUCUCUCUCUCUGCUCUCACUCUCUGCUCUGUCUGUAUAUAUAGUCGAUCAUGAGCCUUACUUCUUUCACUGCAGCAUAAUUGUUCUCUCUGUGUUUUGCUUUUAAGAUUUCUGAAAUCAGUCUCCUUGGCUAAUCAACAUCAGUUUCUGUGUUCUGGACAAUAUAGCAUGGAUAAUAUAGUGUUGUACUUCGGCUAUCAAACUUCAAGGGAAAAAUUUUCUGUGCUAUGGAAACAGGAAAAUGUUUUUGUCAGAUAUAACUUGGAAAAGAGAAAAUUGUACUUCUUUUUCUCAUACCUUUCUGACGAGUACAAGCUUGAAAUCUCUUAUGAGAACAUUUGGCAGAUUGAGCAAUAUCGUCCACAUGGUCAAGCUAAAAAGUUUCUUCUAAUUCAGUUACUUGGAGCUCCUCGGAUUUUUUUGAAAGAUCAUACUGGUCAUUGGGUUCGAGAAGUUGAUUUGACUCCGUCGUGCUACAUUGGCCAAUCUUCUGCUCUAUGUUUGGAGCUUCCACGAAAGGGCUGGAUUCCAAAAUUUUAUGGAGAUUUUGUCUCUUAUAAGAAAAAUGAAGGCCCUUUUGGUCUGAAGCAUGGUUCUGCUCUCUCUUGUAGCUCAAGUCUAGUCCCUAUUGUGAAUCCACCUGAAGGUUUUGACUUGCCUAACAAAAUCUUGUUUAAGAUCAACUCCUUAAUUCAACAUGGCUGUCUUCCUGGGCAAGCAAUUGAUGCCAGUUUUUAUCGGUUAGUUGAUCCUAAGAGAAUAAAAAUUGAGUAUAUAGAAAGUGCCCUAGACAAACUGUCUCAUGUGAAAGAACACUGCUAUGAACCUGUAACCUGGCUUAAGAAGCAGUACACAAAAUAUGCCACAUCGAGGCAACUUCCUAAAAGUACUACUAUGUCUUUAGAUGAUGGGUUGGUAUAUGUACACAGGGUUCAAAUAACUCCAUGUAAAGUAUAUUUCUGUGGUCCAGAGGUUAAUCUCUCGAAUCGUGUGUUACGCAAUUAUCCUGAAGAUAUUGAUAACUUUCUUCGUGUUUCUUUUGUUGAUGAGGACAUGGAUAAAUUGCAUGCAACAGUUUUAUCUCCAUGUGCAUCUUCGCAAAAUGGGGAGAGGCGAACUGGCAUCUAUGACAGGAUACUGUCCACUUUACGAAAUGGUAUAACUAUUGGUGGUAAGAAGUUUGAGUUUCUUGCAUUUUCAACGAGUCAAUUACGAGAUAAUUCUGUUUGGAUGUUUGCUUCUAGAGCUGGCCUCACUGCAACAGAUAUCAGAAAGUGGAUGGGUGAUUUUCACGAGAUUAGGAAUGUAGCAAAAUAUGCUGCCAGACUGGGUCAAUCAUUCGGCUCUUCAAGAGAAACAUUGAGCAUUAGUAGGCAGGAAGUUGAAAAUAUUCCUGAUGUAGAAGUUGUAAGGGGUGGAAUCCGAUACUGUUUCUCUGAUGGUAUAGGUAAGAUAUCUGCAGAAUUGGCUAGAGAGGUGGCUACAAAAUGUGGCCUCAAAAAUUCUGUUCCAUCUGCAUUUCAGAUUCGAUAUGGUGGGUACAAAGGUGUCGUGGCUGUUGAUCCAACUUCUUCAAAGAAGUUGUCAUUGAGAGAGAGCAUGUGUAAGUACAAAUCAGAAAAUAUAAAACUAGAUGUCUUGGCAUGGAGUAGGUAUCAGCCUUGUUUUCUUAAUCGUCAGAUAAUCACUCUUUUGUCCAACCUUGGAGUUAUGGAUCGAGUUUUCGAAAAGAAGCAAAAGGAGGCUAUAGAUCAACUAGAUGCUAUGUUAACAGAUCCGUUGAGACAGGAGGCAUUGGAAUUGAUAUUCCCAGGAGAGAGCACAAGGGUUCUAAAGGAAAUGCUUUUGUGUGGUUAUCAACCUGAUGCAGAACCAUUUCUUUCAAUGAUGCUACAAACAUUUCGUGCAUCUAAGUUGCUAGAAUUACGUCUCAAAAGUAAGAUAUUCAUUCCAAAUGGAAGAUGCAUGAUGGGAUGUCUUGAUGAAACCAGGACAUUGGAGUAUGGUCAAGUAUUUGUGCAAAUUUCUCGCUCUAGUAGGCAGCUCUCUAAUGAUUUCUCCCGUAUGUUUCGCACCAGCAGCUCAAACCCAAACAAUUUAAUUUUUGAGGGUGAUGUAGUUGUUGCUAAAAACCCCUGUCUACAUCCCGGAGAUGUGCGUGUUCUUAAGGCUGUUGAUGUUCCGGCUUUGCACCACCUGGCAGAUUGUGUUCUUUUUCCGCAAAAGGGGAGGAGACCUCAUCCAAAUGAAUGUUCUGGGAGUGACUUGGAUGGAGAUCUGUACUUUGUCUGUUGGGACCCUGAUCUUAUUCCUCCUCGGCAAUAUCAACCAAUGGAGUAUAUCGGAGUACAGACUAAGUCACUCGAUCAUGAUGUUACAAUAGAGGAAGUACAAGAGUUUUUUGCCGACUACAUACUCAACGACCGUUUAGGAAUCAUCGAUCAUGCCCACACUGCCUUUGCUGAUAGGAAUCACGGUAGGGCAAUGAGUCCUCAAUGUCUUAAGCUUGCAGAACUACACUCAAUUGCGGUUGACUACACAAAAAGUGGUGUUGUAGCUGAAAUACCAGAUUAUCUGCGUGUUAAAAAAUAUCCAGAUUUCAUGGAAAAGCCUGAUAAAAGCACCUACAAAUCAAAACGUGUGCUUGGAAAGCUUUAUCGAGAGGUGAAAGACCAUGCAUCGCUCACAAGCCCCGUAACACCCUUCACCUUGGAUGUAGCAAUGCAGUGUUAUGAUCCUGACAUGGAAGUAGAUGGCUUCCAGGACUACAUCAAUGAUGCUUUCAAUUACAAACAGGAGUAUGAUUACAAGCUGGGGGGUUUGCUGGAUUAUUAUGGGAUUGAAACUGAAGCUGAAAUACUCAGUGGGCACAUAUUGACAAUGUCAAAAUCUUUUAAUAAGAGGAGGGAUCUGGAACAAAUUAAUUAUUCUGUAAUGGCACUAAGAAAGGAAGCUCGGAGCUGGUUCAACGAGGGAAGUGAGUCAGAUUCUGACACUGAUAUAGUCAAUGCAAAAGCAAAAGCAAAAGCAUCGGCAUGUUACCAUGUUACAUAUUACCAUAGCUAUUGGGGUCGCUGCAAUGAUGGAAUGGAUAGAGCUCAUUUCCUCAGUUUUCCAUGGUGUGUCUUUGACAAGCUUAUCCAGAUCAAGAAGGAUAAAUUAAGUAACAUCCUAGCUUGAGACUUAUCAGAAUUGGAGAAUUAGUUGAGUCAUGAAUUGCGCUUGGAUUAAGAAGUUUAUUAUAAAGAUUCUAAUUAUGUAAUUAAGCAAAAUUGCUUGUGUGACUACUAUUUAUCUUUACUUAUUGUUACUAGUAUUUGCUUGUUGAUAAACUACAUGUAAAUGCUCCAAGAGGAUGUUUGGGGUUAUAAAUUAUGUUUC